AUGGCGCUUAAUCGGCCCAGGCUGUGCAGCAGGGGAACCCGGAGCCCGGACCCCGCCACAGAGGCCAGGCUGCCGUGCACCAUCCUGGGUGUCCUCGUGGUGCUCCGGGCGCAGGUGGCAGCAGCCAUGGAGGAGCUGGACCGGCAGAAGAUUGGAUGAUUCUGGAGGGAAGUCGGUGUGGCCUCCGAUCAAAGCCUGGUGCUGACGGCCCCGAAGUGGGUGGAGGACUUGUUCCUCACCUUGAGCGGGAGUAACCUGACCGUGAAGGUCGCAUAUAACAGCUCAGGAAGCUGUGAGAUAGAGAAGAUCGUGGGCUCAGAAAUAGACAGUAUGGGAAAAUUCGCUUUUCUUGGCCACAGAGAGAUCCACGUGCUGGACACCGACUACGAGGGCUACGCCAUCCUGCGGGUGUCCCUGAUGUGGCGGGGCAGGAAAUUUUGCGUCCUCAAGUACUUUACUCGGAGCCUUGAGGACGAGGACCGGCUGGGGUUCUGGAAGUUUCGGGAGCUGACAGCAGACACUGGUCUCUACCUGGUGGCCCGGCCUGGGCAGUGUGCCGAGCUCCUGAAGGAGGUGAGCCUGACCCCCGGCCCUGGCCUGCGCUGA